AUGAGUCCUGUUACUCAGAGGAACGAUUGUUAUAGCCAUUUACAAGAAAUUUUAAAGGAAAAUGACAAAAUAACUUCCAAAGAUUUGGCAGUAGGAAUAAUCUUCUUGUCACAGAUGAUCACUGGUGUCAUGGGCAAUUUCUUUCUUCUUUGCAACAAUAUUUUAAUUUUCCACCCUGAAAGGAGGUUAAGAGCCACAGAUGUGAUUCUGAAGCACCUUUGUCUAGCCAACGCCUUAGUUCUUCUUUCUGGAGGAGUUCCUCAAACAAUGGCAGCAUUUGGGUUGAAACAUUUCUUCAUUGAUAUUGUUUGUAAAUGUCUCUUGUACACUGAGAGAGUGGGCAGGGGUGUGUCAAUUGGUACCAUGUGCCUCUUGAGUGUCUUCCAAAACAUCAUCAUCAGCCCUAUGAACUCCUGUUGGAAAGAUUUUAAAAGUAAAACUCAAGAGUAUAUUGCAUUCUCUAUUCCCUUCUGCUGGGUCCUAAACAUGGUGGUCAUUUUAAUUAUUCCUCUGUAUGCACUGUAUUUGUCUGCAGAAGGUUAUGACAGACACAUGACAAAGAAAAUAUAUGUAGGAUACUGUUGUGUUGUUGACUAUAGAGUACUCAUGGGCUCCAUCUAUAUAGCAUUAGUAGUUUUCCCUGAAGUUUGUUUUUCUCUGCUUACAGUCUGGGCCAGUGGCUCUAUGAUUUUCAUCCUGUACAGACACAAGCAAAGGGUCCAACACAUUCAUAUCACUAAUGUUUCCUUAAGAUCUCCUGAGUCCAGAGCCACACAAAGCAUCCUUUUUCUGGCUAUCACCUUCAUAUCUUUUUACACUCUGUCUUCAAUCUUUCGAGUUUCUAUUAUUGUAGUUAAUGAUCACAGUUCAUGGUUGGGUAGCACUGCUGAUGUAAUUUCUUUGUGUUUUCCAGCAAUCAGCCCCUUUCUGAUCAUGAGCAAACUUUCCUCUAUGUUUAUACACUGCUUUGCAGGCAUAAGAAGCAGAAAACUUUUCUAA